AUGAUUGGGGUCCUGCUCCUGCUGCUCCUCCUCCUCCCCGUUCUCCUGUUCAUCGCUGCACCCCAAAUCAGGAAAAUGCUAUCCAACGGGGUGUGUACAUCGACUGCCCAGCUUCCAGGGAAGGUGGCAGUGGUUACUGGUGCCAACACAGGCAUCGGGAAGGAGACAGCCAAAGAGCUGGCUCAGAGAGGAGCACGUGUCUAUAUAGCUUGCCGGGAUGUGCAAAAGGGGGAAUUGGUGGCAAGAGAGAUUCAGACCAUGACAGGGAACCAACAGGUAUUCGUGCGGAAACUGGACUUGGCUGAUACUAAAUCUAUUCGAGCCUUUGCUGAGGGCUUCUUAGCAGAGGAAAAGCAUCUCCACAUUUUGAUCAACAACGCAGGAGUGAUGAUGUGUCCCUUCUCCAGGACAGCAGAUGGCUUUGAGAUGCAUAUAGGAGUCAACCACUUGGGUCACUUCCUCCUGACCCAUCUGUUGCUAGGGAAGCUGAAGGAAUCAGCCCCAUCAAGGGUAGUGAAUGUGUCUUCCUUAGCACAUCUCCUGGGAAGGAUCCAUUUCCAUAAUCUUCAGGGCGAGAAAUUCUACAGUGCGGGUCUGGCCUACUGUCAUAGCAAGUUAGCCAACAUUCUCUUCACCAAGGAGCUGGCCCGGAGGCUGGAAGGCUCUGGCGUUUCAGUGUAUUCUGUACACCCUGGCACAGUCCACUCGGAUUUGACUCGGCACUCAUUCCUCAUGAGAUGUUUGUGGUGGAUUUUCUCCUGCUUCAUCAAGACCCCUCGGGAGGGAGCCCAGACCAGCCUGCACUGUGCCUUGGCAGAAGGUCUUGAGAUCCUAAGUGGGAGUCAUUUCAGUGACUGCCGUGUGACGUGGGUCACAGCCCAGGCUCGGAAUAUGACAGUUGCAAGGCGGCUAUGGGAUGUCAGCUGUGACCUGCUGGGCAUCCCUAUGGAUUAA